AUGGGUGGUCCGAGCUUCUGUCCCUUUGACCUCACCUGCAGGUCGCGUGUCUUGACUUCACCAAUCCAUCACCACAGCCAUCCUUCUAUCACUUCGACCUUCUCAAUCGGCUCUCUCUCAUCAGUCCUCAUCCUCCACUCCAUCAUGACUCGUACCAACAAAGGCAAUGACCGCAACCACAGUGCCAUCGCUGAUGGUUCCGCCCUCCCUGAAGAACGCCUCCCUCGCUACUUCGCCAAACAUGGUCACGUUGACGCCGAUCCCAAGGGCGUGAAGAAGCAAGGUGGCGGCAAAGGCAACUGGGGUCGUGAGGGUGACGAAGUUCACGAUUACGACUACAAAUUCACCAAUGCCCGUCGCCGCUCCAACUCCAGCACCCAAGUCCUAGGUGAUUUCAAGACCAAGUUCGAAACCCUCGAUGCCGAGCCAGUCUUCGAGGAGGGAUUGCACGGACCGACGGACGAAGACAUCGAAAAGGCCUCCACUCUAUCCAAGGAAGAGAGCACCGACUCCAGCACUUUGGGAGGGAGCCUCGAUGACGAUGACAAGAAAAUGUAA